GAGUGAGCAUCAUGUCUGAAAGACCAAUAUGCAUUGCUGACUUUGAGCAGUAUGCAAAGAAAUUUCUUCGAAAAUCUGUGUAUGACUACUACAAGUCCGGGGCUGAUGACCAGCAGACACUGGCUGAAAAUGUAGCUGCCUUUUCAAGGCUGAGACUUUACCCCCGGAUGCUGAGGAAUGUGUCUUCCUUGGAUCUAGCGACUUCUAUUUUGGGACAGAGAGUCAGCAUGCCUAUAUGUGUUGGAGCAACUGCCAUGCAAAAAAUGGCUCAUGAAGAUGGAGAAACUGCUACUGUCAGAGCAUGCAGAUCCAUGGGGACAGGCAUGAUGCUGAGUUCGUGGUCCACGUCGUCUAUUGAAGAAGUGGCUCAGGCAGCUCCGAAGGCAAUUCGUUGGUUGCAGCUGUAUAUCUAUAAGGACCGUGAGGUCACCAGGUCUUUAGUGCAACGUGCGGAGAAAACUGGAUACAAAGGCAUCUUUCUGACUGUAGACACACCAUUCCUUGGGAAACGCCUAGAUGAUGUGCGGAACAAAUUUCAGCUCCCUUCGCAUCUCAGGAUGAAAAAUUUUGAAACAAAUGACCUGGCAUUUUCAUCUGAGAAGGGCUAUGGUGAAAACAGUGGCCUUUCCGUUUAUGUAGCAGAGGCAAUUGAUCCUUCAAUCAACUGGGAAGAUGUAAAGUGGCUCAGAGGACAGACAGCACUGCCUAUCGUUGCUAAAGGCAUCCUGAGAGCUGAUGAUGCUAGAGAAGCUGUGAAGCAUGGUGUCAAUGGGAUCCUGGUGUCGAAUCAUGGUGCGCGCCAGUUGGAUGGCGUUCCAGCCACUAUUGAGGUCCUGCCUGAAAUCAUAGAAGCUGUAGAAGGAAAGGUGGAGGUGUUCCUAGAUGGUGGAGUAAGAAAAGGCACAGAUGUCCUCAAAGCCCUUGCCCUGGGAGCCAAAGCAGUGUUUGUAGGAAGGCCUGUAAUCUGGGGACUGGCCUAUCAGGGUGAACAAGGUGUGAAGGAAGUCCUUCAGAUAUUGAAAGAAGAGUUCCAGUUAGCAAUGGCGCUCUCUGGCUGUCAAAAUGUGGCAACAAUAGAUAGAACUUUGGUACGGAGAGCACAGUGGAAUACCUCUAAGAUCUAGCUGUGGUGUUUGCUGCUUGAGCUGAAAUUGUCAAACUCGCUGAAUGACUUUAAGCCUCCAGUGCAAGUUUCAACAGGAUCAAAAUAAAAUGUUCAUCUUGCUCAA